AUGGCAUACCUAUCAAGUUUUGUUCCUUUGGUGGUUCUUGGUUUAGUUUUAGUGAUUGGUGUUAUUGUCCCUGGUGCUGAAGCCAGGCCAAGGGCAUUCUUUGUAUUUGGAGAUUCCCUUGUUGAUAAUGGAAACAACAACUAUUUGCUUACCCCUGCACGUGCCGAUGCCCCUCCUUAUGGAAUUGACUAUCCAAGUCACAGACCAACUGGCCGUUUUUCUAACGGCUUCAACAUUCCUGAUCUUAUCAGUCAACGACUUGGUGCCGAGUCUACAUUACCAUACUUGAGCCUAGAAUUAACGGGAGAGCAGCUUCUAGUUGGUGCCAAUUUUGCUUCAGCUGGAAUUGGAAUCCUUAAUGAUACCGGAGUUCAAUUUAUAAACAUAAUUAGAAUGUACAGACAACUAGAGUAUUUUCAAGAGUAUCAAAAAAGAGUGACAGCUUUAAUUGGUGCUUCGCGGACAAAAAGACUCGUGAACCAAGCACUGGUCCUCAUCACUGUUGGUGGCAAUGAUUUUGUAAACAACUACUAUCUAGUACCCUUUUCUGCAAGGUCUCGCCAAUAUCCACUACCAGAAUAUGUCAAGUUUCUCAUCAUUGAGUACAAAAUGCUUCUGCAGAGGUUAUAUGAUUUGGGAGCUCGGCGAGUUCUUGUGACAGGGACAGGUCCAUUGGGUUGUGUCCCUGCAGAGUUGGCUUUGCGCAGCACAAAUGGGCAAUGUUCUCCUGAUCUACAACGUGCUGCAGCAUUAUACAACCCUCAACUAGAACAAAUGAUACAACAACUCAACAGUGAAAUUGGCAGUGACAUUUUCAUUGCUGCAAAUACAGCACAAAUGCACAAUAAUUUCGUCAGUAACCCCACAGCUUAUGGAUUUAUUACAUCAAAAGUAGCUUGUUGUGGGCAAGGACCCUACAAUGGUAUUGGGCUAUGCACGCCAUUCUCCAACUUGUGCCCCAACCGAGACUUGUAUGCAUUUUGGGAUCCCUUCCAUCCAUCUGAAAAGGCAAACAGACUUAUUGUGGAGCAAAUUAUGUCAGGUUCUACAACGUACAUGAAGCCAAUGAAUCUCAGCACCAUUCUGGCCAUGGAUGCUAGCACAUGA